UCGAUUUUUCUUUUCAAAUUCCUACAAAAUCCCUAAAACCCUUUUUCUAGCCAAAAACCCCUCCUUUCGAUUCCUGGAAAGAGAACAAAUUCUCUCCUCUGAUUCGACUAGAAGAUAAUUCCCAAAAUGUGCAACAAUCAAGAUUCGAUUCUUCCAUUGAUAGAUACAAGAGGAAAAGGAGGGGAUUCAUCGAGGGCUAGGUCCAUACAUCGUCUUCCGCCAGGUUGUCGGUUCUACCCUUCCAAAAAGGUGGUUUUUGAUUUUUAUCUCACCGUGAAAAACAACCCCGUCGCCGCCGAUCCCGAUGAUAUUUGCGGCUGCGAUUUGAUAAGCGAGCUCAACUUGUACGAUUACGAGCCGUUUGAAUUGCCUGAUGGCACUUGCUUUGUGCACGGAUAUCGGGAGAAGAAAAGGCACUGGUUUUGUUAUACGAAGAGUGAAGGAAGGGGGGACAGGAGGAGAAGAGCAAAGGGUGGGUUUUGGAGGAGAAUAGGGAAAGAUAAGGAUGUAGUUGAUGGUGGAAAUGUAGUGUUGGGGACUAAAGCUAAAUUUGUAUAUUAUGCGGUUAAUUCAGUUAAGGAAAAAGUUAGGACUCCCUGGAUUAUGUACGAGUAUGCCCUGCUUCAUCAUCUCAAGGCUUCUUUCGUCCUAUGCCGAGUAUUGGUUAAACCUCGUAGGGGAAAAAGUGUUUCGGAGAAUCUUAUUAGUUGUUCUGCAGAAGAAAGUGUUUCAGCUUUUCGUCACGUUGGUGUUCGGCCUAAUGGAUUUCCCAGACCUUGCAUUCAUGAAGCUGGAAUCGGUGGUGAUAAAUUCACUAAGGAGGUAGCUAGUUCAGUAGCAACUAGACAUGCUUUUCUUGCCAGUUUAGAGUUACCUUCAGGCAUCCCUCCGGACCGACCCAAUGAUCUGGUGGGAUCUCUACUAACCAGCAAUGAAUUACAGUCAAUUGUAGAAGAAGAUUUCAUAGAAUUGGAUGACCUGGUUUGAUGGGUUCCUGUGAUACACCAUAUGAAGAAAAUAGGAGCAGUUGCCUUGGAAUAUGAAGAGAAUGAUUUAUAUAUAUAUUUGAGAACCUAAUAGGGAUCAAGAAAAUUUUCAAAUAUGAAUAGAGAGAAAUCUAAUGGCUGAAUCACACACCUCGUAAGGUCAUUUUCAUUCCUCGUUUGCUGGUAAGCGCUCGGAUGGAUGACAUAAGGGGAGCUUUAGUUAAAUAUAUCUUUCUUGCCUUACCAUGCAGGCUGCAAACAUGAGCCUAAUAUCAGGAAUAUAACUUUAGAAGAAUUUACUUUAUCAAGAAGCUUUCCAUAGCAGACAUAUCAAAUCAUCUAGAGUUUUUCCUUCAGAAGAAUUAUCAGACAAAUUUCGACAUCAGGUCCUUCACCCAACUUCCAAUUUAGAAGAAUUUACUUUAUCAAGAAGCUUUCCAUAGCAGACGUAUCAAAUCAUCUAGAGUUUUCCUUCAGAAGAAUUAUCAGACAAAUUUCGACAUCAGGUCCUUCACCCAACUUCCAUGUUCUCCUGUUUCUCCUAUGAUGGGUCGAG